AUGUCUUCCAUCCCAUACACCCACGAUGGAUAUGAAGUAUCCAGACAGCUGCCAGCAGGCAAUAGCAAGUCCACCAACCAGUACUAUAAUUCCUCCAGCAUAUUCAACAAGAGAGCGGACGAGGACUCGCAGAGGCUCUGUGAUGCGGAUCCCGACUGUCCUUGGAGCUUUAUCUGCAUUGACGGGACCGCUGGGAGAAGUGCUGGUUUACUGCUCAGUGCUGCUCAGGGUGGUGUCGGUUCCUAUCACUUCGGCCAUCUGCAGUUUGGCGAUGCGACAUAUGGCCCUGAGAUGAUGGAAGAAGAAGAGUUGCUUCGUUUUGCUCUCGUGUCUUUCAUGGUACUUUGUGUGAUUCACGAGUUCUGA